UAAGAUUUCUUUGAAAUGUUAGUAUUUUUUAAGAGACCGUAAAUGUUUUUUUAAAGUUAACUUUUAAUAAAAUGCCGAAGCGUAAAUACGAUGAAGAUCCAGAAGAUUUAUCAGUUCCUUUGCCAAUUCAAAAUUUCCUUUGGCGACAAACCAGUCCUUUUAUUCGACCAAAAUUCGGGAAGUUACAUGAAGCAUCAUGUAUGGAACAAAGAGAAGCUUGCAAAUCUUUCGAAAAAGUUCUUGUGCAAAAUAUUCAGUUUGGUCUUUCCCCAAGCCUUACUCAAGCAAUCAAAAGCAUCAGCCGGUGGCGGUUAAUACAAGCAGCCUUUCCUCAUGUCAUGCAUUGUUGUGCUGCUCUGUUAUAUCGAAGAAAAGAUACAUGCCUUGAUAAACUUGGGACACCUGAAACUAAACUGCUUUAUACUUUACAAUGGAUAAUUUUAGAUGCAACUGAGGAGUGUGCAGAUGCUGAGGCAGAACAAGGCAUUUUUCAUUCACCUAGACACUAUUUAUUUCCCAUUUCAUCAAUUCAGGUCUUUGUGUAUUUGUUUGCACCAUUAGGCGAUUUUCUGAAACACUCUGAUUUUAUGACAAGCUUUCGUUUGGAAAACGGCUUAAAAUUAUGGGAAUCUUUAUGGGAAUACAAACAUCCAAAUGUACCUUGCUUCACUACCCAUGUUAUGCCGAAACGUACAUUUCUUAGAGGAAGAAGAGAAAAACAAAAUGCUGCAAAAUUUGGUGAUGUUUUUAUUGGUGGAGCAGCUUUAUCAAAAAGACUGAGUAAGGAUCAGUGUACAAUGUCUGUAGACAGCAGUGAUACUGUACCUACAGUAAACAGUCCUGCAUCAACUGGGUCUGAAAAUGUGAAAGAAGAAAGUGAAAGCAACAAAUCCUCAUCCAAAGAAGAUUCUAAGAAGGAUACAUUGUUUUGUGAAAUUUGUACUUCACUUGCAGUUAUUCAAAAGGACUCUAAUUUACUUAAGUGCAACUGUGGAAAUAUCUCAAUACAAGAAACUCCUGCUUCUAAAGUUGCUGAAACUGUAGGAAAACCUGAAAGUGCAACAGUUGGUGAGAAAACAAGCAAAGCUGAUGUGGCUCUGGCCACAUACUUAGAUGUAGCAGUCUUACGUUGUUUGUUUAUUUCGCAAUGGUUAGAAGAAGGAAUAUUUUGGGCUUUGAAGUAUUUAUACCAAAGGUUAAAAGAUAUUAAAGAAGCAUCUUCUGAAAUAUCUUGUGUUCGUAAACGAAGCUAUUCAUUGCCCAUUCCUGAAAUUGAAGUAUCACUGUACCAGUCACCUGAACAAAUUAAAAAAGAAUAUUCUUCUGGAAUGGAAGGCAUAUUUACAGUUGAUACAUCGUAUCAACCACCCAGUCACCAUACAAGCAUGCAUGAGUUACACCAAUCAUCGUUAGAUGGACAAUCAGAAAAACAAAGAUCCAAAAAAAUGAAAAUAGGUGAUUGGAAGUCUUUUGUUGAAGAGAAAUUUCGAAUCCAUGAGAAACUUGCAGACAGAACUGGUAAAGAUCAGUGUUCAUCACUAUCUGAAGGGCAAGGUAUGGCGAUAAUUUCUGAACCUUACAGUGGAUCUGAUUUGAAAACUUGCCUUUCUUCUGAUCAUCUUGAGAUGCAGAGGCCUAAGUCGGCUUUAGCAAUGCUUGAUCACAAGCAUUCUGAGUCAGAAGAUGGUGAUACAACUGAGCUAAUAAAAGCAGAAAUGGUUAGAGGUCGUAGUAUGCCAAGUUUGCAUCAUUAUGGUGAACAUAAAAUUGAUUCUAGUGCAUCUCAUGUAACUCAACAACCUAUUUCUCUUGGAGUUAAGAAAGUGCCUGCUUAUCAUACUUUUAGUGUACCAAAUCCGAUUAUAACAGUAACGGAGCAUUCUCCUGUUGCUUCAGUACAGUUUUUUCUAAACCAGGAUUCUGGAAAUGGUCAAAGGGAUGAUAGCUCACCACCUAAUACACCUAACCCAAGUAACCAACAUUUUGCAAUAACUCGUAGCCAAACUGAUUCCAACAUUAUGUAUGACAUAGAGAGUAGUUCAGAGGCAACUGGCUCAACUUAUUAUAUCACACCAGAUGGCGAGAUCUGUAUGGAAGUUGUAUUAAAGGCUGUUCAUUCAGCUACUCUGGGAGACAGUUCUCUUUCUCUUAGAGUGUGCGAAAUCGCCCUUAAUAUGCUAGAUCUUCUGCUGUCUUUUGGAAUAAUAUCAAAACCAGUGGAGAAAGAGCAAGAGCAACUCGAUAAAUCUGAGGAAGCUUUAAUCAGCACACCUGGAACUGAUAAUAGUACUCUGAAUCAACCUGUUGAAAAACCUAAAAGUGUACCUGAAAAGAAAAAGGAAGAAUUGACUUUACACAACUUAUUUAUGGAUAGCUUAUGGAGGAUAUGUAAAUUUCUGGGUUGCCCUUUGAGUUGUGGUGAACUACCUAGAAGUCGGCCAACAGCAGAAGCAUUACGUUUGCAAAUACUUAAUUCAUUUAAUCAUCUUUAUGAAGUUGAUAAACAACAAUUUCGAAGUUUCUUGAGAGAAAUUGUUAAUCAGCGCCCAUUGUUGGAAGUUAUGGAUUUUUUUCAUAGUUUUGUUGGCUUUUGUAUGGAAUCUGGAUCACCUGUCUCUCCUAUUGCACAAAAGCGAGCAAGCACAUCUGGAAGUCAAGAAAACAACUUCCGGCAUUCAUAUGCAAACAAUUUUGGUGCUGGAUUUGGAAAAGGUGGCCAUAGAGAUGCAGAAAACCUUGUUAUUAGUAGUUCAUUCAAAUCAGUUGUUUCUCGUCUAGUUUUAGCUCGAAAGGAUUUGAAAAGCCAAGAAAAUAUGUCUCUUUAUCGUAAUAUUCGCCAAUUCAUGGCUUAUGUUCGGGAGUAUCAUGGUGGUGUAUUCCGUAGAGUUGCUCUGAGUGGUCUCUUAGAUUCUGCUGAGAGACCUUACAAAAAGAAUAAAAAUACUAUUCCCACCACAAGAAUAGUAAGACAUACAAAAUCAGUUGAUCAUGAAGAUUAUCGUGAUCCAAUAUAUUCUCCGACUGUAUUUGUUGUUGAUGAGACUGCUUUGACUAAAAGUUCAAGAAAGUCAUUUUUUAGGAAAAGAGGUGUGCGUAAAGUGCCAAGUGCACAGAACAUAUUGGAUGAUAAAGAUGAUUUAUCAUCUUGUCCUAGUCCUGCACCUGGGCAAGUUGCACCACCUUUUUUACGUACUGAUAAAACUGUAACUCCAAGACUCAGUGUCUCUGAUGAUGAGAAUUUGUCUCUUCAGCCAACUCCAAAACACAAAGGAAAUCGUUUUCAAAUAGUGAAUUGGCUGAAAGGAGAUAAAAUGAAGCAAAGUGAUUUCAGCUUCGGUGAAGAUGAUAAUAAUUUUCCUUCAGCUCUUUUAGAAGGCUAUUCACUUCCUGAAAAACUCUCCCGAGGUUCCAGUGUUAUCAGUAGAGCACCAAAAUAUUCUCACAAAUCUUCUAGCCAUGUUAGUAUGACUCUGUCCAAGGCUAGAAAGAGAAUGGAAGAUCAUUUAACAAAAAUUGGGUUCGGCCGCAAUAAGAGCAAACAUGGAAGUUUUGAGGAACCACUGGAUAUCAGCCGAAGAAAUUCCUGUGACUUUGAUCACGGCUUGAAAGAAGGUGAAUUCCUCGUAGCUAAAGAAAGCAAGCUUGUAAAUAUAAUUGCAGUGAAAGAAGGAAUGAUGAGAUUGUCAUUCCAAAUGGAAGCUUGCUUACCUGGUUCAAUUCCAGAUCCACCUCUUUUAGCUGCAGCAUUAGAUUUAAAAGCUCCUGUUGUUGCUAGAGCUGCUCUUUAUUUAGAAUGUGCACAUUUUGUACAUCGAUGCAAUAAAGGCUGUUGGCCAAAUUGGAUGCGGAAUAACUUACCAAUUGUUCGAUCAUCGAACCCUCAUUCUAACAGAAUAACUCAUGCUGAUUUGCGAAGAACUGACGCAUUUCAGAAAGCUUCUGGUAAAAUGUUCUAUCAAUGGGCAGAGGCUAUUGGUUAUCGAUUAGAAGAAUUGUUGGAAAAAGAAGAAAAGGAACAAGGUAUAAGUAGCAGUGAUGAAAACAAAAAACGGCAAUUGCGAAUAGAAGAUGAAGAGGAAGAUUUUUUGGAUGAAGCAUGCGUGAAUCCUGGUGGAUCAGAUUGUCCUUUCGCUCUUCAAAUUUCAGCAUGCCAGUUACUGUUAGAAAUAACUGCUUUUAUGAGAGAAACUUAUCAAUAUUUACCACAUAAAGGGAGUCGAUUAAUGUCGAUAAAAGAUAAGCCGAUGUUUGAACCACGUAGCACUGCCAAUCGUCGUUGGAGCAUGGCACUUAGCAGUGUAGGCUCUUUAUCAGACCCCCCAGGAGAGCGCAGAAUUAGUUUCUUUCUUCAAGAAAAUGAGCGUCCCUUUGACAUAGAUGGAGAAUCUGAAAACAGUAGUAACACCACCCUUACUAUUCAAGAGGAAGAAGAAAAGAAAGGUAGAAGGUUGGGAAGACCACGUUUAUUAAGGAGAGGACUGGGCUCAUCUGCUGGUAAUAGUUCCAGCUUCAAGAGAAGAAGUCUAAAACUGAAGAAACCGAGUGAGAGACGUAAUCGUGCUCGCUCUUCCACAUUUGCCGAAGAUGAAGAGGAUAUAGCUGCAAUGUUACAAAGAUCAGACAGUAUCCGUUCAAAACGGAAAGUAAGUGCUGUAUCAGACCGAAGUGACACGAGUGAUAAAGUUGAUUUAUCUGGGGAAGAGUCACCAGGUGUUCUUAGUGAUGACUUAGCUCCUGAGAGUCCACCAGAAGUCACAGAAAGCGAUGAUGGAAUGUUAACCAAAAAUUUUCCUUGGUUAAAGGUCAUGGUUAAAAUCCUGAAGAAUUUAAAUUAUGAAUGUUCACAUCAAUACUUCUGUCCUACAAACUGUUACCGAAGGCAGAUGCGAUCUUGCAAUCGUUUAGUUAAUGCUGUACGAAAGGUUUAUGGUGAUUCUUUUGGAAUGAUGUUAGAUGCUGAAAAGCAGGAAGAAGAUAAAAGUGAACUUAAGAAAGAAAAGAAGAUAAAAAAGAUAAUAACAGCUCCCAGUUCUCCACUUCGAAGGAAAGCUAGCGUGGCUCACAUUGAUAAAUUAGAACGGCCAAGUGAUGUUCCUCAUCUCGCAGCAUUUAGAUCUCUUCAUAGCAGCACAACCUUUUUAGCUCAUGACAUUGAAUCGGGUGUUCACAUUAAAGAUACAGAAGGCAAAACAACACAGCCUCCUGGAAGCAAGAAAGAUAAGGAAAAAUUUAAGGAUGAGUUACCUGUGUUAAAAUAUAUUAAAUCUCAGGUAAAAAGUCUUUUUCACUGUAGUAUUUCCACAGUAAUAAAAGGUGCUGUUGUUAUGCCAGAAGAGCUUUUCAAUGAAAUACUCUCAGUUUCAUGGGGAUUGCUUUUGGAAUGGGAUUAUCAAUUAACGGCAUCAGCAGCUGUUGCAUUCAUACUUGCAUCAGUAAAAGCUCCAGAAUUUGCUACCCAGUUAUUAUCUCAAGAGUUAAAACAUGAUGAUCCAGCUCGUAGGAUUAAUGCUAUAUUAAAGUUUCAAGUCCUUUGGAAAAAUAGAUAUCAGUGCUGGCCAAGAAUGGAGGAUGGAGCUCAUAUAACAUUUAAGGUUCCUCCUCCAAAUAUCGAAUUUACUCUCCCGUCUCCAAAAAUAGCUUCAGAUCACGUACCUGUUGCAGACACACCAUGGAUGCCUCAUGUUAAAGCAAAAGUCGAAGAAGUUACUAUUAAUCAAGACCAAACACUUCAAAGAUCAUUUGUAACUGCUACAAAAACUCGACGCAAGCAACAAAUGGAAUUAGUUCACCGUGCUUUACAAGAAGAGGAAGAAAAGAAGCGAAUUGAACGAGAAAACUAUAAUAUUACCACAGCAUCAGUGACUUCUCAAGCUGCUCACGAACCUGCUUUGUUUCAUUCUGUAGAAGAUCAUGAAGAAGGUGAUCAGGAUAUUUCUGUUGAAAGAGUAGUUACUCAUCAUAUGCAAACUGCUCAAGCUCUUUUUCCAUCAUGCCUUUGUUCUGCAGCUAUUCCAAUUAUAAAUUUGUUAGAAGACGCUCAAGUCAACAAUGAUGGAAUUUCUGUUUAUGAAGCUGCUUUGAAAGUGACCUAUCUUUGCCUUACUGAAGACACCGCUUUAUUUUUGAGACAUAUUUUGGAAAAACUUACGCGUGAAAGACAGAAUGAAAUGUUUCAAAUCCUUAGAAAACUUUUAAGAUACAUACCUCAGCUGCCGCCUCAAUCAGCUUGUGCACUCUUUAAUUAUCUGAUUGGUUAUGUUAUGUUUUAUGUUCGUGCACCUAUUGAAGGAGGUCAAGAUCAUAUUGGGAACGCUUUAUCAGUUUUGUGGCAGGUUGCACCUAGUGUAAAUGGAUUAUUCCUUAAAGAUUUAAAGCAAGUUUUAAGAAAGGAACAGUGUGAUGCAACACUGCUUAUAACUGCAAAUGUUCCCAGUGCAAAGAAAAUUAUUAUUCAUGGACCUGAUGCAAGUGGCAUUCCAUCUCAGUACCCAAUUCAUGAGGACACUCAAUUUUCACUUAUUUUGCAAGAUAGUUUGGAUUUCUUUGGUAUUGAAGAAACACAGCAUAAUGCAUAUUUCUUAGUGGAUACUAAAACAAAUAUGAUGCACUGUCCAGAAAGUUAUGUGAGAGAUUUUUAUUUUUUCAAACGAUCUCAAUAUCCACAGUUAUCAUUGAUUCAUAUGAAUCCAGAUAUAGCUUUUGAAACUAUGCAAAGUCAGUCUUUCAAAUUACGUUUUCUUGAACUAGGAAAGGUAUUAAUGAGUUUGGCAAUUUCAAAUUCGAACACACAAAUAUCUCAAAGAGUUUUCUUUUUACAUGAAGAACUUAUGAAACUACCUUCUUUUCCUCGCAAAGCCUUAGAGUCUGAUUUUAAUCUUUAUUCUGGGUCCCUGGGUAAAGAAAUGCUUGCGAUGGAUACACUUCAUAAAAUGGUUUGGGUUAAACUUGUUUCUCGGAUGUUUGAAGCCAUGGCAGGUCUUUUUGUACACUCCUCUGAUAUACAUCUUUUCUUAAAUGUUGUGAAUGGAGCUUUAGUUUUACACCCAGAAGAUGCUAUGAUUUUACGUCUGUGCAUGUCUACAUUUCUCAAUGCCGCUUUACAGUUUAAAAAUAUAUUCGCAUCAAAUGGAUACUUACUUAUUAUGCCUACAAUCUUACGGAUAUAUUCAAAUCAUCAAACAAAUAAUUUAUUAUGUCGCACUCUAGAAUUUGUUUGCAAACAGUUUUACAUAUUGCAUAGAAAGCCAUUCAUAUUGCAGAUGUUUGGUGCUGCUGCACCUAUUCUUGAUAUGGAUGUCCAAAGUAGUUAUGGAGAUGCUAGCAAAGUUCAACCGAAGGCUUUCUUCCAACUAUUACAAUCACUGGAACAGUACGUGGUCGAUCCAUUAGACAUUCUUGAAUUGGUAAAUGUAGAGAAACCUCUGAGAGCCUUAGAUUUUUGUUAUCAGAAUGAUCCAGAUACACUUUCUAUACUGGAUGCUAUUUCUCUGUGCAUUACAGUUGUAGCUUAUGCUGCCGAUUCUCACCGUGGCCAUCAAAUGCUAACAAUUCUAGAGGCUGUAUUACCUUUCUACUUGCGACAUCUACAAAAUCUUACUACGAAAAAGGAGACUCCUGGUGGUUCCCGAUCUGAGCUCAGUAUGAUACACAAUAUCUCAAUUUGUAUGAAAACUCUAAUUAGCAACUGUGAAGCUCUUGCCAGGAACUACACAGGCCCACAGCGUACAACUGAUUUACGUGGAUCCAGUAUCAAAAAUAUGUCUAGAGGCGCAUGCUCACCACCAUAUGAAGUGGAUGAUGACAGCCAUUCAAAGUUUAUGACAGACAGUUAUUACAGUUCACGUAAACCGCAACAACAACAAUAUGAUCGUCAAAUAGGAGAUAGUGAUAUCAUGAAAACAGAAUUUCGACGACCCAGAGAUAUUUUACUCAGUGUUGUAUCUGAAUUCCACACUAUAUGCUCAGCAAGACUCGCAGAUCUAACUAAAAAACUUCGAGAUUUAUCAAGCAAAUCAACUGAACUUUUAGAUAACAAGUGUCAUUUUAGAUUAGCUGAAGUUGCUCACAGUCUUCUUAAAGUCGCACCUUACGAUCCAAUAACUAUGUCUUGCCGUGGUCUUCAACGUUACAUGAAUGAAGUGCUACCACAUUCAGAAUGGGCACAAGAAGCUAUGAGACCUGCUUUAAUUAUGGUGCUUCGACGAAUUGAGAAGACCUUCAGUAAAAUUGCUAAAAAACCGACUAUCCGACGCUUAACUGAUUGGAAUGCUGCCAGGUCACUUCUUAAAGGUGUAUACCUCACAUUAUACCGACAUCCUUAUAUAGUUCACUUGCCUCAUCUCAAGUCUUUAGUAAGUGGGUGUCAAAGUAUUAUUCUUGGAGACCAAAGUUCCUUUGCUGAAAGCUCUACUAAUUUACCUUCUACUGCAUCAAUAAUGGGCCAGUCUCCACCCCCAGGUUUUUGCUCUGUUGUAGUUCGCCUCAUUGCUAUGCAAAUGAUUGCCUUAGGAGAAACCCAGUCUUUAGAGAGUGUAUGUGGAGGUAGUUCUGCUUAUUCAAGUCCUGAAAAGAUUGAAAUGUACCUUAUGAAUUUGAUACUUCCUCUCUGUAUAAGAAUCAGCAGCAGUAUAAAAGAUGUUCCAAAAUUGAGACACACUGACAUUGCUUUUGCCUUGACUAUGAUUUUACAUGCAUUAGCCCCUAUUUCUCCUCAAAGCAGUUCAACAGCAAAGGGGGCUUCAGACAGUAGCACUCAAGGAAAAUCGCCAAAUCGAACCAAGAUGUUUCUUUUCCAUAUUGGAUUUCUUGGAUUAAAAGUUCUAAUGGUGUGUUUUGAGAAGCAACUGAGUAAUGACUGGUAUCGCAUUGCUUGUUGCAUACGUGAACUUGGGAAUAGAAUGCAAGGUGGUAUGGGAUUGUGGAAUUUCAUUGAUUUCACUGUUACGCAUCGUACACCUUUGUAUAUCUUGUUGUAUCCUAUGAUUAAAUGUAGAAUGCUAAAUACCAUUUGUGACAAUGAACAAGAAUAUUCGUUUCAACAAAGAAUUAAAGGUAAAUUGUUGGGGCACAAUUUACCCACACCAAAGAGUCAUGGAGCUUUGUAUAUUGACUUAGUAUCUGAAUUGAAAACAUUGAAAGAAGAUUUAAUAUCUUGGAAAAUAGGAGGAGGUAAAGUAGAGCGCCUGAAAUCAACAGUAUCAACUGAUCACAGUACAAGUGAUACCUCUCAGCAAGUAGGUUUCUUAUACCAAAUGACUAGAAGAAGUGAGCAUUCAGGAUUGAACGACAAUCCUGCCGAACAAAAAAGCGAAACAAAAACUGAUAUCCCGCCACCUACAGAACCUCCCAAACAUAGCGUCCCGUUUAUUAGAGGUGCCUCUACUGAUAGUUCUUUACCACCAACGGAACCAGAAGCUGAGGCAAGCACCUUUACGAAUAUAGGUAAACAUAUUCAUAAAGGACUAAGCAUUAGAUUCAGCUCCAGAGGUGGGAGUAGGCAAGUCUUAAGGCAAUUAUUACGUCGUAGUAGUUACCCGUAUCCAGAAGAUGAAGCCAGCACUGCUGAAGAGGGUUUGAGCAAACGGAACCCUGCAGUGUCUGAGCCUCGAUUGUGGCGAAAGAGUACCUUUCACAUUAAAAGAGAUGGGAAUAAGAAAGCAGGGGUUGGCAGCGGCAGUAGCCUCACGUCGCUGGGGACUACCAGGCAGGUGGAGGAACAAGAAUCUCUUCAUGAUUCUCCAGGAGAUCCAUCUGACUCUGUUAGUCAGCCUCCAUCUUGCCCAACAAGCCCAGUUGGGGGAGUCCAGUCGCCGGAUCCGGAUUCGGACACGCAUCUACCGAGACACCGCCUCCAGCGACAGAAGGCUCCGAGCCGCAAGACCUUCCGCUACAGGAAGUCCCACCGAGGAGCAGGUUGGGCUGCCCAUACCGAAGAGGAGAGUGGAGGAGAAUCCAUAGCUAUGAUUCCAACAAAACCGACUGCACAACUGCCCCUUGCCGAGGAAGAUAAUCCCCACGCUGUGCCAGAAGUGGCGUUCAUUCAAAAACAGAGCAGGCAGAAAAUUGCCUCUCUUAUGGCAGGCGAAGAAUCGCCAGUUGAGCGCAGAGCCAAGCGUCACCAUGGGAAAAAGAGAUUUCGCUCUCAUUCUCAAUCGCCAACAAGCCCUUUAUCCCCAGGUGAUGCUCACACUUUAGGUGAUUCUGUUGAAUCCUUAGGCAGUGGGGAGAAGUGUACGCUUUUACAAGAAGGUGAAAGCCAACUAGAAGAAUCGGAAGUUUCCUUGUUAAUGGUUUCUCCUAGUAAAGACAUAGAUAAUACUUGCGUUUAAUGUUUCUAUUUUUUAGUGCAUUUUAAAAUUGUGAAUUUCUAAAGGUGAAAUGCGAAUUAUUAUUUCUUUGUUUCAUUUUCAUUUUAUUGAUAUUUGAAAAUAUCAUUCUUGUAUGGAUAAGCAAAUUAAUAGCUGAAAAAAAAUCAUGUUUAUUUUAAAAUGAUUUCAAAUAAGCUUGUGUUUUAAAGUUUGGUGUUUAUUUAUCUUACUUCUGGGAUUAUGAUUUGAAGAUAUUUUUAACAAUUUAUUUUAGUUUUUCUAGUCAUUCUCUUGAGACAUUGGAAAUAUACUAAAUUUAUUUAUGAUUGAAUA